AUGCAAGGAGAAAUCAAUGGUCUUAAAACUUUAAUUCUGAAAGAUAAUCCUUCAGCAUAUUGUAUACAUUGCUUUGCCCAUCAGUUGCAAUUGACUCUUGUAGCCGUUGCAAAACAAUAUUGUGAUGUAGAUCAAUUUUUUGAUAUUGUUGCUAAUGUCUUGAAUAUUGUUGGAAGUUCUUUUAAGCGUAGGGAUAUGCUUCGAGAGGAUCAAGCAAAAAAAUUAGAGGAGCUACAAGUGCUUGGUGAAGUUCAUACAGGAAGUGGACUAAAUCAAGAACUUGGACUCCAAAGGUCAGGUGAUACUCGAUGGGGUUCUCAUUUUAAGACAGUGCGUAACUUUAUUACAUUAUUCUCGUCUAUCAUUAAUGUACUUGAGUUUCUUGCAAGUGAGGGUGCAAAUUAUCUAGAGAGAUCAGUGGCAAAAAGUUUAGUGAAUGACAUAAGAUCUUUUGAGUUUGUGCAUAUGAUGCACUUGAUGUUAAAAUUAUUGGCAAUUACAAAUGAUUUGAAUAUGGCUUUGCAAAGAAAAGACCAGGAUAUUGUAAAUGCUACGAAGCUUGUUGGUUUCGCCAAGAGGCAAUUGCAAGGGAUGAGAGAAUCUAAAUGGAAAUCUUUGAUAAAUGAUGCCUCUUCAUUUUGUGCCAAGCAUGAUAUUGUGAUCCCUGAAAUGGAUAAGAACUAUCAUCUUGGAAAGUCAAAGCGUAGGAGUUCAAGUGUUACAUAUUCUCAUCAUUUGUGUGUCGAAGUUUUUAAUACUGUUAUUUAUUUGCAACUUUCAGAGCUUAACAGUCGUUUUGAUGCGGUGAAUAGUAAUCUACUUCUUGGUAUGGCUAGUUUGAGUCCGGAUAAUUUUUUUGCAAAUUAUGAUAAAGAAAGAAUUAUGAAACUUGCUACACUUUGUCCUCACGAGUUUAGUGGUUCAAAGCUUGAAGAUCUCAGUUACGAGCUUGACAACUAUAUUCUCUUUGUGAAAGAAGACAACGAUUUUUCUAACUUGAAAGGACUUGGAGAUCUUUCAGAAACACUAGUUGAAGCAGAUUUGUACAAGACUUGGAGACUUAUUUUUUUGCUUGUGAAGUUAAGUCUGAUAUUGUAUGUCGCUACUGCAACGGUAGAAAGAGCUUUUUCUUCAAUGAAGUACAUCAAAAAUGACUUGCGUAGCAGAAUUGGUGAUGAAUUUUUGAAUGACUGUUUAGUUUGUUAUAUAGAAGAUGAAGUAUUAGAAACUAUACCAAAUGAUGCGAUUAUUGAUCGUUUUCAAAGCAUGACAACCCGUAGGGUACAAUUGUAA